GCUGUAUAAUUAGCUCAAUUACUUAAUCAUAUUAUUAAUUUGUGAUCUAUCCAAUGCAUCUUUUCUCAUUUGGCAACAACAUGAAGAACCAUUCUCAUCUUAGGAGCUACCACUUCUUGUUCCUUCUCUUAUUGUUGUUUAUCACAUCAUUCCACUACACUAUUGGCAGUGCUGGAGAUGAACAAGGAGGAGGAGAAGAGCAGCAGAUUCAAGAACAACAACUCCAUGAGAAGAGUAGGACUCCUAUUAUAGAGACUGUCAAGAGAAUGUUUUCUUUCCCCGCUUCUUUUCCUCAAACUCCAACUAAUUAUUGGAGCAAAUUUGAAUCACUAAUCAAACAAGGAAAGGCCUACUUCUCCCCUCCAACUCUAGAUUUCAGGGAUAGCCAGGAAGCACAGGCCAGGGUUGAAGGGGGAGCACCAGGUGAAAAGGUAAAAGAAGCUGUCCUGAAGAGCCUUGACAAGAGCAAAGCGGCCUUAGAAGAAUCCGCCAAAUCAGCUGCAAAAUUAGCAGGGGAAGCAGUGCAGAAGACUACGAAUAAGGUGAAAAGAACAUUCUCUUUUGGAGAUAGAGACCCUGGACACCAAGCGGAUGAGCUCUGAUGGAAAAAAAUAACUUUGCAAUAUAAAUGUGAACAAUUAGCACCUUGGAAGUUAAGCUUAGUUCAUAGUUUAUGUACUGGUAUUUCCACUUGAGUAGCGUUGUUUUCCCAUUGGUUUGUUCAUAGUUGUUUUUCAUGUAUCUACUCUUCAGUAAUUUAUUUAAUCAUAGUAGUCGCGAAGGCCAUUGUGUUGA